CCGGUUUCUACACUGUCCUUGUGUGUGUGGAGCAGGAGGAUGGAGCCUAGGCCGGAGCCCAACGCCACGUUCACCUCCGGGCUCACAGCCACACCUGAGCGACCGCUCCGUCUCAUCUUUGCCGGAGUCUGCGGCCUCAUCCUGCUGGUGGGGCUGGUGGCCAACGGGCUCAUGCUGGUGGUGGUGGGCCGGGCCUCAGGCGCCCCCCGUCCGCUCCUCGCCCUGACCAACAGCCUCAUGGUGAACAUCACGCUGUCCGACCUGCUCUUCCUGGCCUGCGUGGUGCCGGUGCUGCUGCUCAGCUUCCUGCGGCCCCACUGGUGGCUGGGCCCCGUCCUCUGCACUGCCAGCCAGGCCACCAACAACGCCACCAUGUUCUGUACCUUCUACAGCAUGGUGGCCACGGCUCUUCUGCGCCACGUGGCCGUGGCCUGGCCCGACGUGGCCCUCCCGUCUGGCCGGGGCGCCCGCCUGCUGCUCUGUGGGGCCGCGUGGGUCCUGGGCCUCACUGCAUCAUUGCCUACCUGGCUGUUCCAGAGGGUGGUCGUGGAGGAGGGGGCCGUGGGGGCCCCGGCCUGCCUCUUGCUCCUGAGCCCUGCCCAGGCCUCCUGCUACUUCAGCCUGCUGGGAGCCCUGGCCUUCCUGCCUUGUACGCUGGGGCUGGGCUGCUCUUUCGGCCACGUGGGCUGGCUCCUGCGGACACGGCCCCGUGGCCCCAGCGGGGAGAGCGUCCGGGAGCACCAGGAGAACGCAGGGCUCAUCCUUGUGGUGCUGGUGGUCUUCGUGCUGAUGUGGGGGCCCUGCUCUGUGCUGGGCUACGUGGCAGCCGUGGGCGGCCUGCCUGCCACGCCGGUGGCUUUCGUGGCGUCCAGCCUCUGCACCAUCCUGGCCUAUUCCAACUGUGCCGUCAGCCCCAUCCUCUGCUUCUACCUCUCCCGCCCCUUCCGGGCAGGGCUCAGGGACCUCUUCUGCAGGCCAAGGGCAGCCAGGCACCCUGGGGGUGUGGGCGGGGCCGGUAUGGUGAUGGAGAGCAUCCAGCCUGGCCUCAACCCAGGUCCCGGGAGGCCUCUGGGGUCUGGCGAGGGUCUGAGGAGAUAG